AUGUCCGACGCAAUACGGGACGCUUCUAUGGGACCGGAGCUGGGGUCUAGCAGUACCCAAGCCAAUAUCAUCCCCCUCGCUCAUCUGCCACGCAUCAGAAUUUGCAUUUCCAAGCCAUCGUUACCGCGGGGCAUCCUCGGAGGCGUUCAAGAGCUCGUCAAGCAUCACAUACGGCCAGAUGUCCUGCAUCUGCAUUCAUCAUCAGAUUUCCUCCCAGCAGACGGGCUGCCUACGUCUUCAUCAACUUCGUCGGGUCAAUCCUCGUCAGCCCCAGCUUGGAACUGGAAUCUGCGCUUUGUGCAAGGCGAUGCGGCGACAGACCACCAAACAUCGCCAGAGAAGGAGCGACUCACAUGGCGCUGCUCGACAUCUUCCGACACCUUCGCUCCCAUGUCGGCUGAGGUCUCGACAGAGUCUCUCGCAGACCGGCAAGUCGACACGACCUUCAUCAUCACCGUCGCCUAUCCUCCCGAAUCGCCUUACCUUGCCUUUCGCGGCCUCGGUCACGUCCUCGGCGUAGCGAAGGACUGCCUCUCCCUUGACACCGCCGGUUCAUCCGCCUUUUCCCUCCAUCCAAACCUCUUCCCUCGCGUGUCCGGCUCGAGCCUCACCACCGGCUAUCACCUCUCCCCCUCUCUCGCCAAUGCCAAACUCAACGUCGCACAGACUGCCGACUUCUCGACGAUCGGCACCAUGAUCGACUGCUCCCGCAACGGCGUCCUCAAUGUGCGUUCUACCAAGUAUCUCCUCCGAACCCUAGCCCUACUCGGGUACAACAUGCUCCAACUCUAUACCGAGGACACGUACGAGAUCGAUGGCGAGCCCUUUUUCGGCUACAUGCGUGGCGGUUACUCCGCCUCCGAGCUGACGGAGAUCGACGACUACGCCUUUCUGCUCGGCAUCGAGGUCAUCCCAUGUAUCCAGACGCUCGGUCACCUGGGUCAGAUGUUGCAGUGGCCCCGAUACCUCGGCUUGAGGGAUACCGCAGAGGUCCUACUCCCCGAGUGGCCAGAAACAUAUGUCAUGCUCGAAAAAAUGAUUCGUGCUGCAUCCGCACCGUUUCGAUCCAAAAAGAUCCACCUCGGCAUGGACGAGACGCACGGUCUAGGUCACGGGCGAUACUUCUCCAUCUUCGGGCAAAACGGAAAGCCUUCCAGCCAGGUAUUCGUCGAACACCUCGCCAAGGUCAACGACAUCUGUCUGAGGGAAGGACUCGAACCGAUGAUCUGGUCGGACAUGCUCUUCUGUUUGAGCGCCAGGAACAAUUCCUUGGUUGGGUACUACGAUUCUGCUGCCCCCAUCGACAAGUCGCAAGGCAUACCGCCAGGGGUAGAUCUGGUCUAUUGGGAUUACUACCACACUUCACCAGGUAGCUACGAGAAGAGGAUCAAGAGUCACGAAGAGUUGAGGGGAGCAAGUCCCUGGUUGGCAGCGGGAUCUUGGACUUGGUCACGAUUCUGGACCGCUUUGCCGUUCACAUUCCAAACGGUUGCUGCCAAUCUGACGGCUGCACGCGCCAGCUCCGGGGUCAAGCACGUCUUCCUCACCAUCUGGGGGGAUGAAGGCAAUGAAGUGGAUCUGUGGUCCUCCCUCCCGGCGUGGUGUCACUAUGCCGACCACGCGUACACCGCCUCUUUCCAGAAGGAGUUGGAUGUGGGACUACUCAAAUCGAAGUUCGACGCGAUCGUCGGUGGUGGGUGGGACGACUUCAUUCGCGCCUCUUCCAUCGACGAUACCACUUCUCACGGCUUGGACGUGGUGGAGGAUGACAAGAUUCACUUUGCGCCGAACACGAGCAAGUGGAUGUUGUGGAGUGAUCCGGUGCAUUCUUUCGCCGAACCGACGCUCGUAGCGUCCGGAUUUGAUGCCGAGGCGCACUAUGCGGCGAUUGCAUCUGAUCUCAGCGAGCGAGUGGAGGGGGUGACGCUGGAAGACGUUACGAAGAAUCGCGAUGUGCUGGUGGUUCGUCCAGGUAAGGAUGGGGAGAAAGGGCUGUUGGGGACAGCAGCAAGCCUCAUCUCAGACCUCACGGGCAGGGGAACGCCAGCAGGGACGAAAACUGUACGCAUCCUCUCGGAUCAUCCGUUCAAUGCCAGGCUGGAACUCGCAAGGCUUGUCGCACACAUCCUCUCGCUGAAGGCAAACCUCCGUCAGCGUCUCCACCAGGCAUAUGUGGGCAAGAACUGGCCUGAGUUGCAACAGCUGAAUCGGCGAACGGAGAGGUGUUUGGAGGCAGCAAGAAAGCUGUGGAGGUAUCAUCGCGAGAUGUGGAUGAGCAUGUACAAGCCGCAUGGGUGGGAGACGUUGGAGCUGCGGUAUGGCGGAUUGGUGGCCCGACUCGAAACACUACACAGACGCGUGGGGGCGUUCCUCGAACAUGUGCUUUCCCAGGACGAGGAGGACGAUGCGGUUCAACAAAGCGGAGCGCGAGCGGACGUGUUUCUGCCCAAACCGACGGGUUUGGAUGAAGACAGUGCGUCAGGCGAAAGCUCAAAACGGUCCUCGCUGGACGACGAGGAUAAGGAGGACGACGAUUCGAUGCGAUCGGGCAACCCGGGUGGAAGACGCAACUGGGGCUGGCAGGAAAAGGUGACGAGUCUACCCGAGCUAGAAAAGCCACUACAUCUCGUUUAUGGCAGCGCCGAACAGCUGCUCGACUACCAUCGCGUCUCUCGCCCUACCUACUGCUAA